ACCGUGACGCCACUUCCUGCGCUCAGCCUCCUUUUCGGCAGGUGAAAGGUCAGGGGUGUCACGGUGUCCUCUUGUCACACACGUGGGUAUCUGCAGGACCAUGUUCUCCACACUGUCCCGAGCUCUCUUCUCCGCCACACGAGUAGCGGCAGUUCGGCCCCAGCAGCUGCUGAGCUCCUUGUCCGCCGGACGCUCCUUCUCACGCUCAUUAUGGUUGGUUCAAGGGAACCCGGCGCUCAGGCAGACUUUCCUUCAUCCUCAACGUGGCUUCCCAGCCGUGUCCUGUGGCUGCGGGGGACUUCACACUGAGGGUGACAAGGCUUUUGCUGAAUUUCUGAAAGAUGAAAUCAAAGAAGAGAAAAAAAUCCAGAAACAUAAGAACCUUCCCAAAAUGUCUGGUGGGUGGGAACUGCAGGUCAAUGGCACAGAGGCUAAACUGGUCAGAGAAAUAUCAGGUGAAAAGGUUACAGUCACUUUCAACACAAACAAUAGCAUUCCACCAAGUUUUAAUGAGGAGGCACAAGAAGGUCAGAAAGCUGAGGAGAAUGAGCCUGAGCUUAUGUCUACUCCAAAUUUUGUGAUAGAAGUUACAAAAAUGGAUACCAACCAGACCCUGGUUCUUGACUGUCAUUAUCCAGAAGAUGAGAUUGCACAUGGGGAAGAAGAGGAAGAAAGUGAUAUUUUCACUAUUCGGGAGGUUAGCUUUCAGCCCACAGGACAGACAGAAUGGAAGGAGAACAGCUAUACUCUCAACACUGAUUCACUUGACUGGGCCCUUUAUGAUCACUUGAUGGAUUUUUUGGCUGACCGUGGGGUGGAUAAUACUUUUGCUGAUGAGCUAGUGGAACUCAGUACUGCUUUAGAACACCAUGAAUACAUCAAGUUUCUAGAAAAUCUUAAAGACUUUGUGAAAUGCUGAGAAUCCAUCACCUUUUCUUCUGAUGCUGGGUCCGGAGCAGACUCUUGUUGCAUGUCAUCUCGCUUAACUGCCAUUUUAAAUCUGUGGGGUCUGUUGUUAAAUUUGACAGAUUUAAAAUUGUGAAAAGGCAAGAGUUUUUUUUGUUUUUUACAUUACGUGCAAUCAGAUAUGCAAAAUGUAACUCCAUAACAAAUGUCAAAGUCGUAGAAGACAAAUCAUCCAUAACAAAUAUGGUGUCUAGUUUAUUUAUGUAACAAGACUUGCUUAAACCCACUAAUGUGUAGACAACUUUUUUUUUUUUGUUUUGUUUAAAUAAGGCUUCUGUUAUUUUUUAAUAAACAUCUUUCAGAAACA